UCCAGUUCUCGCGAGGGCGUCACGUGGUAGAGCAGAGUAAGUUCUCGUGAGGAAUCCGAGUCCGAGUCUGGAGUCUGAGUGGGCGAGUGUGGAACAAACAACGUGAAUGUUUUAAGACGUGUGUGCAUCAAACGGGAACUUUGCAAUAUUUGGCAACCGGAAUCCUUGCACUAAUAAGGUUGUCGGACGGCGCGGAAGGAACCAUUUGUCCCGGCAUCGAGUAACUUUUUCGAAGUUGACGUCCGGGCUGAGUGCAAACAGACGGUGGUCGGCAGCUACCGAGUUUUGUUGCAGGGAUGUCGCAGAAGGAGAGAGCCAAGUUUUAUCCCCAGGAGGUCAACAAGGCGAUUUGGGAAGUCCCCGAGCGCUACCAGAACCUGUCUCCGGUCGGCUCUGGAGCCUAUGGAUCCGUUUGUUCGGCGGAUGAUAUGAAGACUGGCAUGAAAGUGGCGGUAAAGAAGCUUUCCCGGCCGUUUCAGUCCCUCAUCCAUGCCAAGCGCACCUACAGAGAGCUCCGCUUGCUGAAGCACAUGACGCAUGAAAAUGUGAUUGGCCUCUUUGAUGUUUUUAGCCCAGCUACCAGUUUGAAGGAGUUCACAGAUGUGUACCUGGUGACUCAUUUAAUGGGCGCUGAUCUCAACAACAUUGUGAAAUGUCAAAAACUCACAGAUGACCACGUUCAGUUCCUCAUAUACCAGAUCCUCAGAGGGUUGAAGUACAUCCACUCAGCAGACAUCAUUCACAGAGAUCUGAAACCCAGUAACCUGGCAGUGAAUGAGGACUGUGAGCUAAAGAUUUUGGACUUCGGCUUGGCACGUCACACCAACGAUGAGAUGACGGGCUAUGUGGCCACCCGCUGGUACCGUGCUCCAGAGAUCAUGUUGAACUGGAUGCAUUACAACAUGACAGUGGAUAUUUGGUCGGUGGGAUGUAUAAUGGCAGAACUUCUCACCGGAAGAACUUUGUUUCCUGGAACUGACCAUAUUGAUCAGUUGAAGCUAAUUAUGCUGCUCGUCGGAACACCGGGGCCUGAGCUCUUGAUGAAAAUUUCUUCGGAGUGUGCCAGGAACUACAUCAGCUCCUUGCCACACAUGCCAAAGAGGAAUUUUGCUGACGUGUUUAUUGGCGCCAACCCGCAAGCUGUCGACCUUCUUGAGAAAAUGCUGGUUCUGGAUACCGACAAGCGCAUCACAGCCACAGAGGCUUUGGCACACCCAUACUUCACUCAGUACCACGACCCGGAUGAUGAGCCAGAGGCUGAGCCAUAUGACCAGAGCUUUGAGAGCCGUGACUUACCAAUUGAAGAGUGGAAACGAUUAACCUAUGAGGAAAUGUGCAGUUUUGAGCCGCCGAUCUUUGAUGGGGAUGACAUGGAGUAACGAAGUGCCUCCUUACCAGUACACCGACAGCAUCGGACAAUUUGUACAUUUGUAUUGGUGUUACACUCCCAGACACGGCGCCAGACUGCUUGAACUGUUGUAACUAGCAGAGGAAACACUGAACCACUAAUUGUGACCUCUCCUUGACCUCAUUGAAGUGAAUGUUGAUUUAUCUUUUGACAUCACUGUGACACUUGGAUGCUGAAAACCUGGACCCAUAGAGCUGUGCUACUUUGUCUGAAGGGUUCUGUUGAUACGUAAGCAUUAGUGUUACGCAGUCGAACGUGGAAAAUCGAAAGUCUGCCAUUGUCCCAACGAUAACUGAAAUAAUUUGCAUUAGACCAGAAAUAUUUCAAAUAUUUGCUAUAACUGUUGUUUCCAAAGUUGUGAGCGAUGUAGGGUGCGUGCUCUUCAAAAAGGUACCCAUCAUAGAAGGCUAUUAAAGCAUGCAUAGUUAGCUCAGGAAUAUGUACAUGUGCCACAUUUAAAGCUCUAUUUGUUAUUUUUCAUUAUUUGUCAUUUGUCUGCAAGAUUGUGUGUGGUUUACUGAUAUUUUUAAGCAUCACGCUCCCAAUAGAAAUACAGUUUCAAUUUGUCAAGAGUUAUUUCGCAUCUAUUUAUACUUUGUGGAGGGUAUUUAUAAAUUGCAAUGAGAAAUCCUGUAAGCUAUUUCAGUCGGACAGUGAAACAACUCAAGUCUUUUGUCAAGAAAUAUAAAGACUGUUGUGUUUUGUAUUUCUUGUAUAGAUAUUGCUGAAUACAAUAAAACGUUGUGAUUCUGA